AUGGCCUUUUACCUCUCGUCCUCACUCGAUAUCAAGAUGGCAGCUGCUUCUGGUGAGCCCGCCAGCGGACGCUGUGCCUCUCCUCCGCUCGACAAAGCUCCCGGCCCGGCCCUCGGCCCUCGCUCUGACCCGACACGCUGCCUUUCGGUGGGCUCGACCGUCUCUCAUGGCUCCGCAACUACAGAAGCCUCGAAUGUGCGCGAGUCUCUUGGGAGCGACAGCUCGGCCUUCUCACGCCAGUCCUCAGAGAGCUACCGUCCCUCUCGCGUCUCUGAUAUCUACACGGGCAAUCUUCCACUCAAUAAUCGGGACUCGAUGAACGGCAUGGAUAUGCCCUACACGCCAGUGACACCGUCGGGAUCCAGGAGCUCGAGCAGGCGCCGGGGUUACAUGCGUCCCCAGGGAACUGACUUCGCUGCCAGCGCCCGCGCUCGGGAGAGCGUCCUGAGCCUCGGGAGCAUCGCACAUCUUCAGUACUACUUUGCACGGACCGGUUUGCUGGACGGGAAGGGUGGUCGGCUGGCACGCAAAAGAGACAGCAAGGCACAAACACUGGAUCUUUCUUCGCUCGAUUCCGUGUCGUUUUCUAGUCUCAAGGCCCCGGUCAGUGACCAUGACUCGAGCUACGCAUCCAUGGGAAGCAGCCCGGAUCUGGGUGCGCACAGUAGCUUUGUCAGUUUGGCCGGCGGUUCCCUCGUCGAAUCGCCCACCGAUGAGCAACACCCGGAGGAAUUCUAUUCCGAGGACGAGUACGACGAGGAGGAUCUCAAUAUGCCCCCUCCGACGACCAGCACAUACAUUCACCGAGAAAAGGCAGUCCCAAAGCCGCCGACGGUUGCUGAAUUAAGAACCGAGCUCACAAACGCCCUCGAUACUGCCAAAAGAUCACUGAAGGAAGCAAAAGACGCCAAGGCCCCACCAGACGAUUCACCCAAGAUUUCCAUUCAUUUGACUGAUGACCAGGGAGCCGACUCCCGCGCACGUUCGGGGUCUACCAGAAGCACCCGGAGCAAUAGGAGCAAUAUUGGGUGGUUUGAAAUUCAGGGCAUGCACAUCCUUGAUGUCAUGACGCUGGCUAUCCGGGCGGCCAAGAUCUAUUACACAUCCCACGACCGACCUGACCGCCUGGAUGCCAUCAAGUCGGAAAAGGAGAUUCGCAGUGCCUUGCUCUCUGUGAUGGAGGUGCUCAAGCGUAUGGCAACUCGGGGGUUCUCUGGCGGCAUGCGUGAGGACGAGUUCCACACUAUGAAUGAAUGGAUCUCCGGGCUCCACAGCAUGCUGGCUGCUGAGGCUGAGAUAGAGGCUGCCGAGGCUGCUGAGCGGGAGGGAUGGACUUGGUUGCGCGAUGAAGGGUGGGAGGGCCGCGAAAUUCAGCGCGAGGAAGCCUUCAUACAGUCGAUGCUGCACGGCAUCAAGGACCCCAUCGAGAACAUGCCAACCAUUCCCACAUGGGUCCCCAUUGACCGGACGAAGCCUUUGAGUGAGCAAACGCUCCCCACACCGUUUCUUGCGUCCCUGUCCAACGGUCAGCGUCUGGUUCACUUGCACAACUGUGCGGUUCGCAAGUCUCGCCGGAGGCGGCCGAGCUACGAUGGGAGGUGCUGCUCAAGACCGAUGCUCUUGGCCUCCAGUACAACACAAGCCCGCAACUCUGGCUUGACUUUGAGGAUGCCAUUCUCCAAUGGUGCCGAACAGUACGCGGCGAGAUUACCGCCGAGCUGGAGGGCUAGGUGCCACCGAAAAAAAAACAAGCAUCGGCAAGCGUUAUUACCUGCCCAGCAGGAGACGUGGUCAGCAAUCAAAACCAGGUGGGUUCGGCACUGCAGAUGCCUCUGGAGAACAUACGCACCAGCUUAUCACAAAAUCUUCCUGGGGAGAGGGGGAAAAAAUCGGGACGGAUAG